GUGACGCCGCCGCCCGCCCAGUCGACGACCGCCCGCCUUGCAUCUCACGCGCAUAACCUGCAAAACAGAAAUUACAACGUGACGAGUGUUUUAUGGGGACAAGGUUAGGUCAGAAGUAAUGUCUUUCCGGAACUAUUAUGAUUCAUCAUCCUACGGUAGGAGCAGAGAUGCGGGAAGGUUAUCGAGUUCAACUACAGACAGACCGACAGCACUUACUACAAAAUAUACUACGACAUCAUCUAUAAAAAGUUCUAGUAUUCCAGUUGCUUCUGACCGCAAUUCACGAGAAGAGACACCCAUUAGUGCAAUUACAAAUAGAUAUGCAAGCUACAGUAAAAAUAAUACAGAAAAACCCACAACAACAUUGAAAUAUGAGAAGAAAGACUAUACAAAAUUAUCAAUUCCAUCAGUUACCUCUAGUAAAAGCAGAGACGUUAGCCCCGUAACAUCCGUGUCUCGUGUCUCUAAAUAUAAACGUCAGGCAAGCCCUGGCCCCAGUCUAGAUAGAAAAAUCACAAAAAGUUACAAAGAUAAAAACAAAGAAAUUGGACAUUCGGAUCGUGAUAAAGACAUUCCAACAAAGACUGACAAGGCUUCAGGCUACAGCAGUCUGUCGAACUACAAAAUAUAUCCUCGCCAGUCAAAUUAUUCUCGCCCUGUUAGCAGAACAGAUUCAAAACCAGAAGUUAGUUAUACCCGUCCUGGUUCUAGAACAGAAGCAAAAACGGACAUUAAUUAUUCUCGACCUAGCACCAGAAUAGAAAAAACUGAACCAAGUUAUAACCGCUCUUCCACAAAAACUGAAACUAAACCGGAAAUAACAGUGAAUAGAUACGCUAUUGCCAAUCGAUUAUCUUCAUCAUCUUAUUUAAGGAGUCCUACUCCAAUUAAGAGACCGACUUUGUCACCAAUAAAUUUUUCUGAUAAUAUCAAGUCGGAUCCAGAUAAAUUUAUAAAACCUAAUAAAGACGCUAUCAUAAAAGAAAACCAUGUUACAAAUAAUAAGGACGUUGCGCAAAAGAAAGAUGAAUCGCCAAGUGAAAAUGAAGAGUUAGAGACUAUCACAGUAAUAACACGACAUACAUCUCCUACACCACCAGGUUCGUCAUCGUACGUUCGAAAUAGAAGAGCAGAUCUCGCAAAAACUAUAGAAAAAGUUAUAACUAGGAAAAAAGAACGACCUCUAUGUUAUGACAAAGAAAUUCAGUCAGACAGAUUAGAUGAUCCAACAAGGACAAGCCGAUUUGCAGGUUCAACUAGAAGUAGUGUCACAAAUUGGACUUAUUAUUCUCCUAAUGUACCUAGUUACACGGGAUAUGCUGGGCGUUACUCAACACAAUAUUCUAGCUUACGUGAAAAUUCUUACAGAGACAGAUGUAGUCGCAGUCGAAGUAAAGAGCCAUCGAUACCAGAUAGUCAUGAGUGUAACUUGUCAUUAGAAAAGGGUAUAAAUGAUACCGACUGUGAAGAAAAUAAUACUAUAUGUACCAAAAAUGCUCAAGAUAUAAUAGUUUAUGAUAAGGAUAAAGAUGAUGAAACUUCAGAAAUAAUAAUAAACGUAAAUCUUAAAUUAAAAAAAGCUAAAAGUCCAUCUUCUGACAACUGUCUGUCAGUUACAGAACUUAUUGCUCCAGAAAUCACCAUAACGAACAGCCAAUUGCCACCUCAGCCUCCAAAAAGUGAGACAACUAAUAAAAUCAAAAAAAAUAAACAACGUAAAUCAAGCACAGACUCUUCAUCAGACUCAAAUUCAACAAAGAAACUUUUGAAAAAAAGAAGUAAAUCUCUGAGUUCAAGUGAUUCGGAUCCUGGUAGUGAAAAACCGAAUAAUACAAAUAAACUUACCAAGCUGAAAAAAUCAAAAUCCAAUAAUAAAGUGCAAAAUGGUGUGAAUAAUUCCAAUAAGGCAAGAGAAAGUAACAGCUUGGAAUCUAGUAUGUCUUUAUCGUCUUCCAUUAGUGAAGAUGAAAAUGUUUCUAAAUCAAAGACAUCAGACUCGAUAUCCAUUUCAACCGAUGCAUCAAAUAAUAACUCCAGCACAUUUCAACAAAAAAUUGAUAAUGGUACCGAAGAAGCUAAAUCAUUUUUAAUACGUGCUCUUGCACCAGUCACAAAUUUGUUUAAACUCCGAAACCAAGAGUCGAAUGAAAAUAAUAAAUGUGCUGAUAGCUAUACUUCUGUUCCAAUCUCAAAAGAUAUAUCAAUCCUUAAUUCUGAAAGUUCAUCAAGGAAAAAUAAAUGUAAUACGAAUAGUGUUAUUGCUUCUAACGACGAUAGUCUAGUAAGAUUGAAAGCUAUCAGACGAAUCGAAUCUAAUGAAAGAUCAUGGUGGCUAGAAUCAGACCAGAGUUUAAAAAAUGUUAGUGAGAAUAAUGAAAAAUCUCGCGUUAUUGAUGGUUGCGCACAAAACAGCAAUGAAAAACAAGCUAAUUUUAAAAUAUCAGAUAACAAUGACUUUAAAGAUGCAAAGAAAUUGUUAUACAUAGAUGAAGAAAAGCCUUGGUGGUUAGAUAGUAGUGCAAACAUACCCGAAGGUAUAGAAAGGUUGACACCACCAAGAAGAUCUUCUAGCGAAGAAGAAAAGAGUGAUAUUUUUGACGUCAACAAGCUUCGUAAUAACAAAUCUGGGGAACAGCGGGACUGGUGGCAUACAAAUAAUGAAAAUAAAAACAAUACAGAUUUGGAGGAAAAUAUUAAGUUAAAUCGAUCUGGUUCAGACCAAAGAAUAUUUUCACUUCGAAGAAUACGCCACAUAGAGUCGGGAGAACGACCGUGGUGGUUGUCUAGCGAUAAAAACAUUCCAGAGGGUAUCGAAAAGCUUCCAACACCUCCACCACAAGAAGAGAGUGAAUCUUCUGAUUCAGACGAGGUCGAAGUAUAUAUUCCAUCAUCCCAAAUACCUCGAUUCCCCUUAAAUCUACCAGACGAUGAGCCGUUAGGUGACCGAAGAAGUCCAGAAGGCUUGGAAAGUCCGAAUGAACCAGAAAUAUAUACAAAUCGCCAUUCACCCUAUGAAAAUAAUAAAUAUCUAAGACGAAAUAUGUCCUAUUCAAAAAAUGCCAAAUACAUAUCACGCUAUACUGAUAUAGACGAUAUCUUAGGAACGUCAAAUAAUGUUUAUAGUCCGUUUAUGGAUUCUAUACUAUCGAAACCUCAAAAUUCUUAUGAUGAUGAAGAAUGUAAAGAAAUUGAUCCUACCCAAGUAAGGAUACAUGACAGUACUCCACAAAUGCCUAUUAUUAGGAAACUUCAUUCUCGAGGCGAUUUAAUAAACUAUGAAAAUAUGAAUCAGUUGGAUGAUGCCACUCUUCAGGUGUUUAAGGACGGUGACUAUGGACCUUAUUUAGACCUUGAUCUAACUUUAGCUGAACAAGAUGAAGAAAUAGAAGGGCUACAAGAAAGUCGCAAAAAUGCUUUGGUACUGCGCACUCAAUUAUCGGUACGAGUACAUGCUAUCACUGAACGUCUUCUACAUUCCCAAGGAAAGGACCUGCGGCGGGCUUUGUUUGCCGUGAAGCAGAUGUUACAGUCUGAUAAGGACUUGGUGCAUGAAUUUGUGGCUAAUAAUGGCCUUGAUUGUCUUAUGCAAGUCAGUGCGAAGGAGGAUCAAACUUACCUUGACUACAUUUUACGAGCCCUCGGACAAAUACUCAUUUAUGUGGACGGUAUGCAUGGAGUCAUGAAUCAUAAGGGGUGUAUACAAUGGCAGUACUCGUUGAUUUCAAGUAAUUUCCGGCAUGUGGUCAAGACGACACUUAAGCUACUUUCUAUAUUCGUCGAAUACACUGAGGGCAACAGUCUUCUCCUCAUCGAUGCCAUGAACGUGGUUGAAAAAUCCAACGGCAGAUCUCCGUGGUACAAUGUCAUCAAAAUUCUUCAAGACUUUGAUGCAUCGGAUACGGAACUUCUCAUAUGUGCAACUAGUUUAAUAAAUUUGUGUUUAAUAAAUAUACCAGAUAAGGAUACGUAUUAUGAUCAAGUAGACGCCCUUCAUGACCAAGGGAUAGAUGAUAUUAUCCAGUUCUAUAUGUCCAGACAGGGCACGGAUUUGGACCUUUUAAGGCAACUACAUAUAUAUGAUGCAGUUCUGAUAUACGAAGAUGGAAUGGAGAGUGGAUCAGCUGUGAAACAGUUGGAUGACUCAAUACUAAAAUCUAUAAGGAGAAGAAAUAUUAACGUCACAAAUGACUUCCGAAAAUCUAAAAGAUACCAAAUGAAAGAGAAAGCAGACCAAGGUAUGUUAUCUAGUUUGGAGUGUGAGCAGAAAAAUAUAUAUUCCUUACGAGCUUCGAGUUCCCCGUCGCUCCCAGAACGUAAAGAGACUUCAUCUUUACGAAAAAGGCGAGAUAGAUGCGCCAGGCAAGCGCAUCACAUUCAACAAUUAGAGCUUCAAAGUAGCUCCAGUGAAAUUAUCAAUGCCCUAUUUCAAAUAAAGGGGAACAAACUCGAAGCUAGCAAUGAUUGCUUACCCAGAAAUACACUUUGUAACAGCGGAGAAGAGAAUGCAGAAGACCAAGAAGGCACCUCGACCCGGGACAACUUACCGGAUGUAUUAAUUAAUGGUAACCAAAGAUAUACAUCGGGUCUACAACAGAGAAUUGAAAACGGAACAUUAGGUCACACUGUAAAUCCCGUUGAUAAUUUAUCCCCUAAGUGGAAUAAAUUUAUUGACCCUACAAUACCGGAGAAGGACGAUAGAGGAGUUCUCUUAAACAGGGAACAUAGUAUUAAGGAUUUAGCGCAAAGACUGACUAGCCCAAUUCAGCAUGUCCAAGAAGAGAAACCGUUACUUGUAUCUGAUAUGGCCGGAAUCGUUUCAAAGGCUAAAGAAGAACUGGCCAGAUCUCAAACCAAGGAGAUCGUUAAAACUCCAACUAAAGAAAAAUGUCAAAAAACAAUGGAAUUUAAUUUGGAAAUAGUUUCGGAAAAAGAAUUAAAUUGGGACGAGGUGAGGAAAGCCUGUCGCCAUCGCGAUUUUCAACUAUGUGAUCUGGAUUUCUCUGACCUGCGCGAGGAUUCAGAUGACGAAGCAAAGUCCGUGGUGAUAAAAAUACAAAAUGGACCGCCACCACCACCCCCAAAUAUGCCUCCAUCAUUUGAAGGUCCACCACCGCCACCAGUGUACGGCCUUAACGAGAUAAAACCUCAAAAUUUAAAUGAAUCCGAUUCAUCUACCUUGAAGAAAAAUAAAAAAACAUUAAAACUAUUCUGGAGAGAGAUCCACGAAACCCCAGCACCAACGAUGAAGGAAGAUCACUUCAUAUGGGAUGAUCUUCCUAAAGUAGAAAUCGAUACGGCCAUGUGGGAACAUCUCUUCGAGACGAGGCCAAAUGAUAUUAAUUUUAUGGAGAAAAUUCAAGCAGAACCAAAGGAAAAUCUAAUUUUAGAUAAUAAACGAUCUACAGCAAUAAAUAUAACAAUGAAAAAGCUCCCUCCACCGCAAACUAUCAAGGCAGCUAUUUUAAAAAUGGAUGUUACAGUUAUGGCGCGUGAGUCUAUAGAAAAACUCCUCACAAUUCUUCCUACAGAAGAGGAAAAAAUUAAAAUACAGGAAGCGCAGUACUCGAAUCCGGACUUGCCUUUGGGAAGCGCUGAAAAGUUCCUGUUAACCCUCACAUCCAUUAACGAAUUGUCGUCCAGGUUAAAGCUUUGGGUUUUCAAACUAGACUUUGAUAACUUAGAGAAAGAAAUUGCCGAGCCUCUUUUGGACCUUAAACAAGGAAUUGAAUUAUUAAGGGCUAACCGGACGUUUAAGAUAAUAUUAUCAACGUUGCGAGAGGUUGGAAGUUUUCUUAAUGGAACGCCAGUGAAAGGCUUUCGGCUGGAAUAUUUGACCAAAGUUGCUGAAGUGAAGGAUACCGUUCACAAGCAUUCACUGUUGUUUCAUCUGUGUGAAAUGAUAAAAAAUAAAUUUGAGGACACAACGGACUUGUUCAGCGAACUGGGUCCUGUUAUAAGAGCGUCGAAGGUGGACUUCGACGUACUCAGCAACAACCUCCUCAAGCUAGAAGCGGACUGUAAAGCUGCGUGGGAUCACAUGAAGCGGGUGGCAAAGCACGACGGCUCUUUGUAUAAAAUGAAAAUUAACGAUUUUAUAACAGACGCUGCAGAACGCAUUGUAUUAUUAACUAAAAUUAAAAAUCUCAUUUUAAAAAGAUAUGAAAAGUUUUUGCUGUACCUCGGAGUGCCACAAGUAGAGAUACCAAAUAAUCGACCAACUGACUUCCUUAAAGGAAUAGCCGAAUUUGCCUUAGAGUACAGAACGACGAGGGAACGUUUACUUCAACAAAUUCAAAAGAAGGCCACCCACCGAGAACGCAAUAAGACUCGAGGAGUCAUGAUUAUUGACGUUACUAGGUAUUCGAAACAGGGUGGAGAUCAUAGCGCAGAUACGGCAUUAAAAGAAAUAUUGAAGGAGCAGACGGUAUCUGACAUAUUAGCAGAUGGGCGCAGGAGAUCCCAGAAGACGGGCGACGAUGCCGUUGAGGAAAUUCUUGAAAGUCUGGUUCGGUCAGCAGCAAUGAAAACCAACCCGCAAAGAGAACGACGAAGAAACAGACUCUCCGACCGAAAGAAACUUGUCACCAGAACAUGGGAAAUGAACUCAACGUAAAACACCUUUUUAGAUCGAAUCUAUUUACAAGGCACGAUGUGAAGGGUUGACAUGUUGAACAAACGACCUGACAAAACA